AUGAUUUGGGCCCUUCCGGUGCCUCCAAAGCUGAAACACUUUUGGUUGAGAAGUUGCAACAACCUUCUAGCCACUCGUCAAAACCUCCAUCGCCGUAAAUGUUCAACUGAAGCUAUGUACCCAGUGUGCUUGGGGUGCCGUGAGUCCACUGAACAUUUGUUAUGUGGUUGUAGUUGGGCGAAAGCGGUUUUGUUUGGUAAUGAGUUAUUUUUGACUUUUUGGGAUGAAAUUGAUUCUCUUUUGAAACGGGCAUGUGAAGUGUACCUAGCCUUUUCGAAUGGCAAGGACCGUGUAUCGUACUUCUGCAAACUUCUUUGGUUGGCUUGGCAUGUUUGGAAGUCUAGGAAUGCGUGGAUUUUCAAUCACACUCCGGUGGACCCGUUGGAAACCAUCUAUCUUGCUGACAGAGCUCGUAGGGAGUUUGAGACUCUCGUAAAUGCAUCCACCUCUGGGGCGAACAGUGCUGCUACAGUGGGUGUCCCUCCUUCUGUAUGGUCUCCUCCUCCCCAAGGGUGGCUCAAAGCAAAUUGUGAUGUGGCAUUUAAAGAUGGGGCUUCCAAGGCCUAUAUUGUUGUCCUGUUUCGGGAUCAUCAGGGUCUGUUGGUUGAUGGGGCUAUCCAGCUAGUUGCUAUCAGCUCGGUUAUGCAAGGGGAAGCAAUGGCAAUUAGACGAGCAUGCCUUACGGCCAAAGCUCGCAAUUUUUCUAAUGUGGAGAUAAUCGGAGAUAACAAGUCUCUGAUUCUAUUAUGUGUGUGA